AGUGCGCGUGCGCGGUGACGCGCGGGGCCGUGCCCGCUAUAUGAGCCCCGGCAGGCGCUGACUCGGCCUUUUCCGCCCCGCUCCCGCCCCGCGCCCGGGUCGCUGCGCUGAGACCCCGCGCCCCCGCCGCCCCCCCGCCGCCGCCAUGAUCAUCUACCGGGACUGCAUCAGCCAGGACGAGAUGUUCUCGGACAUCUACAAGAUCCGGGAGGUGGCGGACGGCCUGUGCCUGGAAGUGGAGGGGAAGAUGGUCACCAGGACAGAGGGUCAAAUUGAUGACUCUCUAAUUGGUGGCAAUGCCUCUGCUGAAGGUCCAGAGGGAGAUGGAACAGAAGCCACGGUCAUAACUGGUGUUGAUAUAGUAAUUAACCACCACCUUCAGGAGACCAGCUUCACAAAAGAAUCCUACAAGAAGUACAUCAAGGAUUACAUGAAAGCAAUCAAAGCCAGACUUGAGGAACACAAGCCAGAGAGAGUAAAGCCUUUCAUGACAGGGGCUGCAGAACAAAUCAAACACAUCCUUGCCAACUUCAAAAACUACCAGUUCUUUGUAGGAGAGAACAUGAAUCCAGAUGGUAUGGUGGCUCUCCUGGACUUCCGUGAGGAUGGUGUAACCCCAUAUAUGAUUUUCUUUAAGGACGGCUUAGAAAUCGAGAAGUGUUAACAAAUCAAACAGUAUGGUUUUGGAUCACUUGUCUUCAUAGCUGGCUGCUGUUUCUUCUUCAUCGGCACACCACCAGGAAUCGGCAAUGUCUAACAACUGGACUGAUGUCAUCUUGAGCUUUAUUCACUUAUUUUGACCCUGAUUUGGAGUGGAGGCAUUGUUUUGAAAAACAAAAAAAACAUCUAUCAUGUAGGUUGUCUAAAAUAAAACUCAUUUAAACCCAUUCUAGGUAAUGUCUUUUGGUCUGAUGUGUUUCUUAAGGUGACUCACAGGAGAGAGUGCGCCAGGGAUUUGGUACUUUCAGUAGCAUAGCCUGGUGCUAGUGUGCUACAGCUGGACUGUUUCCAGACAGAUUUCACAGUUUGCCUGUGGCUCUGGAGUGCAAGAGAAGGCUGAGGUCAAUAAGGCAAAGUCCAAGAAAUGUCAUAAUGGAAUGAACCACCUUCAUCUUUCAUGAUUGCACAGACUUAUCUCUGGAAAAAAAAAA